AUGGAGGCAGCACAUCGAUCGUCGGCGUCCUCGCACAACCUCUUUGAGGUGUAUCUGCGCCUACGACCGCCUCCAUCUAAUGGGACCGCCACAGAACGAAUCCUGACCGUCGAGACGAGGGAGGGGGAGCAUGACGAGCAGAGUGAUGAUACCAACUUGAGCACCUCGCACAUCGUUCUAAACCCGCCCACUGACCGGCGGCGGGCCAUCGAGAAAUUCGCUUUUACUCGCGUCUUUGAGGAGGACGCUUCGCAGCUUGAUGUCUUCCACCGCGCCGACAUUCUGCCUAUGGUUGAAGGCGUGUUGGCGCCCAAUGGCGGCGAGGGCACAGAUGCCAUGGUGGCAACCUUGGGAGUUACCGGCUCGGGCAAGACUCACACCAUCCUGGGUUCCAAGACCCAGAGAGGCAUCACCCAGCUCUCUCUCGAUGUGCUCUUUAGCUCUCUCGGCGAUAACAUGAUUGACGAGGAUGAUCUUCUUGCAGUUACGGAUUCCCUGCAGACAUGCGAUGCCUCCGAGUCCACACUGUAUUCCGCCGCACAGUUCCUCGACGCUCUCUAUGAGCCGCAGCACAUGACGAGGUCGCGCGCGGCCACCCCAAUGAUUGGCGAGUCUCACGGCUUCAUGUCUCCUCCGCCCGCCGCUCGACGUAACUUGCACCGCAUCUCCAACGCACCGCAGACCCCAGAUGUCAGCCAUAUCAGUGUGGCCUGCGACACAUCGUCCGAGUAUGCUGUCGUGGUGUCCAUGUAUGAGGUUCACAAUGACCGAAUCUACGACCUGCUCUGCCCCCCCGCCAAGGCAGCCUCAUCCAAAGACAUGCGCCGUCGCCCGCUUCUUUUCAAAUCCACCGAGAUGUCGCCAGACCGCAAAGUGGUUGCUGGUCUUCGCAAAGUGGUAUGCGCUACGUUGAAAGAUGCCAUCAUGGUUCUAGAGGCCGGUCUUCAAGAGAGAAGGGUCGCAGGCACCGGAAGCAACAGCACAUCCAGUCGAAGUCACGGCUUCUUCUCCUUUGAAGUCAAGAAGAGAUCAAGGAGUCGCCGAGCCGGAUCUUGGGGGGGCAGCAGGUUUACAGUAGUGGACUUGGCUGGCAGCGAGAGGGCAAGGGAUGCCAAGACGGCUGGUGCUACCCUCGUGGAAGCUGGCAAGAUCAAUGAGAGUCUGAUGUACCUUGGUCAAUGCCUCCAGACUCAGAGUGAAGCAAACACAAGCAAGCAGUCCAAUGUUAUCCCAUACCGACAAUGCAAGCUCACUGAACUUCUCUUCUCAAAUUCCUUCCCUUCAGCCUCUGCCCAGUCUCACGGGGUCAGGAGGAACCCUCAACGAGGCAUCAUGAUUGUAACUGCCGACCCUCUGGGAGACUUCAAUGCGACGUCACAGAUCCUCCGAUACAGCGCUCUUGCUCGUGAAGUCACUGUUCCUCGGAUCCCCUCUAUCACCGCAACGAUCCUAGCCAACCCCCCAGUGCCUACGAACAACCUCACCAGCCCCGUGCACCAGCAUCACCCUCGCCCAUUCGUUCCCCCAGGAUGCUCUACGUCCUACCGAACGGUAUCCGCAGGCGAGAGGGAGACCAUGGAACUUGCCGCCCUCGAAAUUGCUCGGCUAAGCGACGACCUUGACCAGCUUCGAACGGAACUCGAGCACCAAGUUGAGGCACGCACGACUGCAGAGGCACACCUCCUCUCCAUGGAGGACCGCAUGCUGGAUCUCGAGGCGGAUAUUCGAGACGACUGUGCCUCUGAAUUCGAGCAGCGCCUUGCCCUCGAAAUCGCCCGUUUCAAAGCAUCCUUCGCCGUAGAACAGGAGCGCAACGAGGAGCACUGGGAUCGAAAAGUCGACCUCCUCGAACGCGGCCUGGACGUUGACUCCUCUGGUCAAGAUGGAGAUAAGGAGAACGUGCUGAUCGAGAAUCUCGAGGAGGAGGUCGAGCGCCUCAGGAGGGAAAACGCAAUCCUCAAGCGCGAGUUGGCAUCCCGCAGCCCGACCAAACGCCGCCCCCUGGAGGAACGGGACGACUUCUCGGCCGGCUCCUCGCCUCACAACGCCCACUCUGCCCUGGACACGAGCGUCUCCAACAUUGGUCGUAAGCUGGAGCGGAUGCGGGUGAGCAGUACCAAGUCGCAGGCCAGCACUUCGUCGCGGAAUCCUGCGGCUGUCACCUCGGGAAGCCCGAAGAAGGUGCGCAGACCGGCAAAUAAGAGAUGGGAGACUGAGGACGAACUGCAAUAG